ACAAUGUCAACAACUCAACAAUAUUUGAGGUUAAGGUUAUGGUUAUCAGAUUUUGUUUAGGUUUUUCAAUCAAUUUGAUUUAUAAGGAUAAAAGUAGACCUUUAGGCAUUGUAAAAUAAUGUUGAAGCAAACAGCGCUGAUUUUGUGUAUCGUCAUACAAGUCUAUCAUGCAUCUUUUCCAAAUGUUUAUCCCAAAAUCAAGUCGGAAAAAGUGACCGACGCCGACGAGGUGACCGACGAUCCUGGUGUACCACUGUUUCUAACGCCCCUCAUCGAACAAAACAAGAUUAAAGAAGCCCAGACAGCCGCUUUGGUUCAUUUCAACGGCUUCAAAAAUGUUCAGAGCUAUGCCGGAUACCUGACAGUAGAUAAAACUUUCAAUUCCAAUCUGUUCUUCUGGUUUUUCCCGGCGCUAGCUGAUUACAAAAACGCCCCGGUGAUUCUGUGGUUACAAGGUGGACCUGGAGCCACUUCGUUGAUAGGUUUGUUUGCCGAAAAUGGUCCAUUUUUAGUGAAGAACAAGAAAGGCUUGAGGGUACGCCCAUACGCUUGGACAAACACCCACUCAGUUAUUUACAUUGACAACCCUGCUGGCACAGGGUACAGUUUCACCAAUGGUGGAUAUGCUCAAAAUGAAACAAAAGUUGGUCAAGAUCUGUAUAAUGCUUUGCUGCAGUUCUUCACACUCUUUCCAGAUAUCCAGAAAAAUGAAUUUUAUGUUGCUGGAGAAUCAUAUGCUGGCAAGUAUGUGCCAGCAAUUUCUUAUACCAUAUUAAAGAGUAAUCCUGGAGCUAAAUUGAAGAUCAACCUUCAAGGACUGAGUAUUGGGAAUGGACUUUGUGAUCCUGAACAUCAAUUCCAGUAUGGCAACUAUUUAUACCAACUGGGAUUGAUUGAUUCUAAUGUUCAGAAAAUAUUUCAAGAUCAAGAGCAACAAGCCGUGACCUACAUAAAAAACAAACAGUUCGACAAAGCCUUCCAAAUCUUCAACAGCUUAUUGGACGGCGACCUCAACAACCCAUCGACGCUAUUCAAAAACGCCACCGGCUUUACCAACUACUUCAAUUUCCUCUACCCGGACGACCCCAACAAUCUGGAAAUCGCCAACAUGGGCAAAUACAUCCAAAGAAACGACAUACGAGCCGCCAUACACGUCGGAAAUUCGACUUUCAACGGAGAGGAUCCAACAGUGGAGAAGUUUUUAGUUGGGGAUAUAAUGCAGAGUGUCGCCCCUUGGAUUUCUGAGCUGCUGAGUAAUUACCGAGUGCUGAUUUACAACGGGCAGCUUGACAUCAUAGUUGCCUACCCUCUCACCGUCAAUUUCUUGCAGAAUCUGCAGUUCAGCGGGGCAGACCAGUACAAAAUGGCAGCUCGGUACCAAUGGCGGGUUGGCAAAGAUUUGGCAGGUUAUGUAAAGGUGGCGGGGAAUUUGACGGAGAUUUUGGUGAGAGAUGCGGGUCAUAUGGUACCGGCCGAUCAGCCGCAAUGGGCUUUCGAUUUGAUCUCGAGGUUCACAAGGAAUAAGCCAUUUCACACGAGAAAUUGAGUUUUCUUUUCUAAUUUCAAGUGGAGGAAGAUUCUCAUUACGUCAAAGUGAAAAAGCAACUGCCAAAGAUAACAACGUCAAAAAUUACCACGAACAAAGAAAGCAUAUUUUCCAUUAUCAAAAAUGAGAAGGAACACAAAAUCAGGUACUCAGGUGACCUAUUUCAAAUUUUCAUGACAUUCUCUUUUUGAAUAUACAAGGAGUUUAGUAAUUUAAGGCAAGAAUAUUAUUUAAUUUUUCUCUGUGAUUUUGUUGAUCUUAAUUUUUCCUGAUAUGAUUUUAUUGCCUUAUUACUUCAUCUCUAAAGGAAACUACUCAAGUAACUGAAAAUAAUUUUACCACUACUAUUCUUAUCUCUAACCCCUUAGUCAUCAUUUCAAAUAAUUUCAAAUACCAAAUUGAUAUUCCUAAUUCAAGUAUAUUUUAACUUGUUCUUGAGUUGACUUAGUUUUGACUUUUUAUCUUAUAUGGAUUUAACUGAG